AUGAAUACCACUGCGGUUCCUGGGACGAUCCAGCUCGUUGGGGUGGGCCACGAUCAAGGCGGAGCGGCCAUCGUCCUUCACCCCCAACCCACGUCGGACCCCCAAGAUCCUUUGAAUUGGAAACCAUGGCGCAAAGGCCUCGCCGUCGCGUCCGCCUAUCUGUACACCAUCGCCAUCGGGAUCGCCACGGCGGUUCAGUACUCGGUGUUAACGAAUAUCGAGGACGACACCGGAAUCACGCUCGCGCAAUUGAAUACCGGAACAGGGCUCAUGUUUUUGUUUUUGGGGUGGGGUAAUCUGAUAUGGCAGCCCAUCGCUCUCGUCUACGGUCGCCGCGGGGUGUACAUCAUCUCUUGUGUCCUCGCCAUCGGGCCCAUGAUCUGGACGGCGUACUCGUCGUCUGUCGGCGAGUGGUACGCCCAUCGCAUCCUGAUCGGCAUCUGCGCGGCUCCGGUCGAGUCGUUGCCGGAAGUGACGAUCCCGGAUCUCUUCUUUGCGCACGAACGUGGCACCUAUAUGGGCGUUUAUGCCUUCAUGCUCUUCGGCGCCAAUUUUCUGGCCCCGUUCUUUUCCGGCUUCAUCCUGGAUGCGAUGGGUUGGAGCGCCGUGAUGUGGUUUGGAGCCAUCGUUCUAGCGGUCACGGCCGUCCUCAUGUUCUUCUGCAUGGAAGAAACCAUGUACUUCCGCCAGACCUUCGAGGGGGUCUCGGUCGACCGUGGACCCGCGGACACGGAGAAAGUCAAAGGUGCCGACGAGCCCACCCUCGCCAUGAACAGUGAUGCGAGCAGGGUGUCCACGGUGGAGCCGUCGUAUCGCCCGGAGCGCAGCUAUCUCCAGAAACUUCACCUCUUCGUCGCUUGGCCCGAGCGCCCCUCCAACAAGCAGCUGCUCACCAUGGCCUGGCGUCCGCUGGUGAUCUUUUUCCAGUUCCCCAACGUCACCUGGGCGGGAUUCCUGUACGGCACGAACCUGUCGUGGUACAACGUUCUCAACGCCACCAUGUCGCUAGUUCUGGGUGGCGCGCCGUAUAAUUUCAGUGCGAGUAUGGUCGGGACGGCCUAUCUCUCGCCCUUCGUCGGGGCGUCGCUGGCAUCGGUGUGGGCCGGCUGGGUCGGCGACAAGGUGGCGCUUCGACUCGCUCGACGGAACAGCGGGAUCCGCGAACCCGAACACCGGCUGUGGACGCUCCUCGUCUCCGGCAUCAUCGCCACCGGGGGCCUCAUUUUGUGGGGUGUGGGUGCAGCAGAGGGCGUACACUUCAUGGGGUUGAUUUUCGGAACGGGAAUGCUCACGUUCGGGGUGGUGUGCGGCGGCUCGACGGCCCUUUCCUACGCGACGGAUUGCUUCAAAGAUCUCACCGGAGAGACCAUGGUCACCGUCAUCAUCAUCCGCAACACGCUCGGAUUUGGGUUUUCGUAUGCUAUCACACCCUGGAUCGAAAACCAGGGGAUGCUGAAAUGCUUCGUCGCGGUCGGUAUGGUAUCAUUGACCUGCACAGGAUCGUUUCUGCUAAUGGUCCCCUUCGGCAAGCGACUGCGAAUAUAUUCUGCAAAGACAUACUACGCGUAUGCUGCAACCACGUUGGGAGCGCACUAA